AUGGCGACCGGACUCUCCCCCGAGACCUUCAAGCACCUCCUCAAGAAGCUCGUCCAGAGCCCCCGAGACUUCACCGCUGAUGACUGCGGGGAAGCCUUCGAGCACCUCGCCCUCAAUGCCUCGGCUCCCGCCCAAGCCGGUGCUUUCUUGACCGCGCUGACCCUGUCCGGUAUGGACAGCAGUGCCGAGAUUGUUGCCGCCUGUGCUGCUGUUCUCAGGAAGCACGCUCUCACCGUCGAGCAUCACAUGCCUCAGAAGGACACUCCUGCUCCCGAUCUCACCCACGGAAACUGGGACUAUAAGGACUCGGACGUCGAGGGCGACGGAUACAAGGGUAUCGUCGACAUUGUCGGUACUGGAGGUGACGGUUGGGACACCUACAACGUCUCCACGACAGCGGCUGUCGUUGUUGCCGGAGCUGGUGUGCGAGUCGCGAAGCACGGCUCUCGAGCUGCUACCUCGACUUCCGGAUCGGCCGACCUGCUGAUCUCGCUCGACUGCCGUCUCUCCUUCCCCGUCGAGGAGGUCCCGAAGUUCCUCCCCGCUUCUCCCUUCCUCUUCCUGUUCGCCCCCCACUACCACCCGGCGCUCGCCCACAUUGCGCCGAUCCGUCGCCAGCUCAACUUCCGAACAAUCUUCAACGUCCUCGGACCGCUCAUCAACCCGGCGCGCCCGCAGCGUAUGGUGCUCGGUGUCGCGAAGCGGGAGCUCGGUGACACCUUUGCGGAGGUUCUCCGCCUGCUCGGCGUCGACCGUGCGCUCGUUGUUUGCGGUUGUGAGGGGCUCGAUGAGAUUUCAAUCGCAGGACCGACUUGGAUCUGGCGUCUCGAGAACGGCAAGAUCACGCCGGGAGAGAUCCACCCCGAGCGUGACUUUGGUCUUCCUCUCCACCCCCUCAGCAGCGUCAAGGGAGGAACGCCCGAUGAGAACGCUCUCACCUUCAACUCGAUCCUCGAUAACUCUGCUCCGCCGCCGCACCUCGCCUCUCCGGCUGACGAGAACUCGCCCUCGCUCGAGGCAAUCCGGGAUUACGUCCUCAUCAACGCCGCGGCGCUUUUGCACAUCUCCGGCCGCGCGCCGACGUGGCGCGACGGUGUCGCGAUUGCCCGCGAGUCGCUCGAGUCUGGAGGUGCUCGCGCCGCCUUUGACGGUUUCCGCGACAUGAGCAAGCGCGCCAUGGGCGAGAAGGGUCUCGACCUUCCCCCGGCGCCCGAGGACGAUGGUGGUGUUGCCGCCCGCAAUGGUUUCGUCAAGGCGUGGCUCCAUUCGCGCCGGAACUCAGGCUACGGAUCGCCCGUCUUCGGCAGUUCCAGGAGCCCGGUGUUCGGAUCUUCGCCCGGAAGCCCAGGUGCCAUCCCUUCCAAGCCGCUCGCGGAGGAGGCGCACUAG